UACUUUCAUUUCGUUUUGUAUGAGUUUGAGACUUUGAGACUGGAGAAUAUCUUUGCUCCACUUGCAUAUGCUGAUUCCCUCGAUACAAGGAUUUACAAUUUGUGAUUAAAGGGAGAUGUCGAAUAUAACGCACAAAUGAAUAACUUUCGAAAGUAGAGCAUUUAUGUAUCUAAUAUCUAAUUCCACAUACCAGGUAAAUGAGUAGUUUGCAAGUGAAAUACUUAAUGAGAGAGGUUUAAAUGUGGCGUCGUCAUACUUACUUCAAUCAAACCAACUCGUUGGUCUAAUCUCAACCGAUGGGUGUCGCUGCACGCGCGCCCACCAGGUCAAAUUUUACCCAAAUUUUGAUCGAAGUCAGGCUAAAUCUGAAGAGGUGUCUAAUACACUAUUGCACGUGAGGAAUAAAAAGUCUGUGUCUGGAAACGAGGGAAGCCAGGGAUUGUAGUAAAGGAAAGAGGGAAACGCGGAACAACUAGGUAAACGCUCCCGAAGCUGACCUCUUGGAGAGGGAAUUUUGACACCGGGAAGUCUGGAUGGGGGAAACCCACGGAGGGAAACUCUACUACGGAGAGAACAUCAGACAUGAAUCCGAGGUGGGUUGAUGACCGUAAACCAAGACAAGCGAUGCUUCAUAUGAAAACGAAGCCCGGUGCUGUGUUAGUAUUUAUAGGGAUUACAUGUGGCUUCAUUGAAUAUGCUUCCUUAUCUAUUUAUUGAGCUAUUAGCAUUGUGUGCGUUGGUGUUUUGACAGCUGGCAUGGUUUAAAUGCGAAAGAAAAGGGAAUGGGCAAAUUCUUCCAUUAUAACACUCUCAUAACAGGUUCCUUCAACAUGCCAAUAAGAAAAUGUAUUUUAAAUAGGUAGAGUAGGUUUUGUAAGGUGUUUUUUCAGUCUUGACACCCUACGCGAUACGAGUGUCAAUUCUUCAAAACUCCUGUGCUGUUAUCUCAGUCAGAUGCUGGUGAUAGAGCACUAGCUGAAACAGGUCUUUGAUGGCUCAUAUAUUAGGAAAAUGACGAACGCAGAUUUUUAUUUAAAAGAUCAAAACCUGCGAUUCUGAAUAGUGUGUCCCAUUUGCGUUUAUUUCUGUUUAUUAUAAAUAUUUUUGUAUAAAUAUUUGAUAAAUGCUGCAUCUUCAUUACGUAGGAGCAUACCCUGUGUAAAUGCGCAACAUGUUUACAUUCACAGUUUAGUCUAAAUAAUCAACAACAAUAAACGAUUUAUUUCAGAGAACAGGACCGUAUUCUUCAAUUGUGUUAAUUGUAAAGUUUAAUAGAAACAUAUGUAAAAUAAUGAAAUGUGAAGUUGUCAAUGCGAUGGUUUUGUUCAAUAGGCUAGGGCAAUAAGAAUCUCAUACAGAGAUUAUGAGGAGGCCCGACAUGAUCCAGUAUUCAUAAAGUUAUUGAUCAAAUAUAAGUGGAUUACGGUCAUCGCAAUUAAACUGCAUUCGUUGCUGCUCCCAUACUGGUUGUACCAUUAUGGCAUCAAACUGGGCUUUGUCGUUUUUUUUGCCCUCACCUCUGUAGGUAAAAGUGAAGGCGGACCAUGCCAAUAUGAAGAAAAUGUGAAGAACCAUUAGUACACGUCAGUGUUCUAGAGUAGUUUGUUUGAGGCUACGUUUUAUGCAGAGUCCAAGUAGGCCCUGUUAUUCAAGGAACAGAGAAGAGUACAUUCACUGAACUAUGGAUGUAACGCAGGUACACGUUAAGGUCCUACAGCAUCGUUUGACGUCCCCAACAUGAUUUCGAGUGGUAGGCUAUUCAAGCAUAGACUUAUAUGAAACGCGUUUAAGUUUUUCAUAAUGCUGUACAUAAAACAAAACCAAAAAUCCCGAGUAGUCUACAGGAGAGCACUCAUCUCUCCGCGUCUGUCGACCUGCGGUUGUAUUAAAGAGCAUAUUAAUAAUAUUGAACCGCAUGGUUCUUGUGAUAUACAAUAAAAUGCCUGUCUCUUUAAGACCAACCCGCGAUGUGUUGCGAAGUUCAAGUUGGGGUCACUUGAAGUUCCUGCCCUCGAUUUUACCUUUUCGUUUUAUUAUAGACUGACAUCACACGGGGCGCUAAAACACUUACGCCGCAUAAAGGUCCCAUUAUCAUCUCCCUGCGCGUUAUUGCCUAGAUGUAAAAAUAGCCAAGGAAAUUACGAAAAUAAAAAAUCGAAGGAAACUGAUGCUGGACUAAGCACGUAUUUUUUACAGGAGGGGUGAGAGAGACAGAAAGGGAUAGGAAGGGAGGGUGGAGAGAGAGAGAGCGAGAGAGAGAGAGGGAGGAGGGGAGGGCGAGUAAAGAAAUUCAUAGCAAUUAAUAAUAAAAAAGAGUUGGCAGUCGUGCUUGGAAAACUGGCAUGGUUUUUGGAGGCUGGCAGUUCAAAGUUGAAACGUCAGAAAUGACUCCAGAAGUCUGUUGAGAUGAUCAUUAAGGGAGACUUAGAUCGGAUGGCAGAAGAGCUCGGGCAUCCAGGUGGUGGUCUGAAGACGAUGCUGGAUGCCAUGGAAGUCCCAAGUCAUGCUAGGCACCUUCUCUUGCAACUCAACACACAGCGUACCAAGGGCUUUCUGUGUGAUGUCAUCAUUGUGGUGCAGAACGCCUUAUUCCGAGCUCACAAGAACAUUCUAGCUGCCAGCAGCCUCUACCUGAAAUCCCUGGUUGUCCAUGACAACCUCAUCAACUUGGACCAUGAGAUGGUGAGUCCAGGAGUCUUCCGGGUCAUAUUAGACUACAUCUAUACCGGACGCUUGAGCGAGGGGGACCCAGCCUCCCCCUCUGAGCCCAACAUAGGGGCAGUGCUGGCGGCAGCUAACUACCUGCAGCUGCUGGACUUGGUGGCCCUAUGCAAGAAAAAGCUGAAGAGAAAUGGGAAGUACUCAUCGCACCCCAGCGCAGGGUUUUUACCAUACAAGUUGGGCAACAGUGAGAUGGGCAUAGGGGGUAGGGGAAGAUUUCGGGUGCCCACGCCCGUCAUCCAGCCCUGUUUUCCAGGGGCAAUUGGGAACACCCACACGCCACGUGCGCCCCCUCUGGAUGACCUGCCCCAGCAUCUGUCCCGCCAUGCCGGGGAGCUCUAUGCGCCGAUCUCCUCUCAGGGUCCCCAGGCUUACCCCGGCCUGCAGCAGGGCCUGCCACCCCAGUCAGGCCUGCGCCUCCCUCCCCCCGAGAGGAACUGCUCCCCCAUCUACGGCCUGGACCUGUCCAAGAAGAGCCCCAACUCCCAGCACACCCUGUCCCACUCCCACCUGAGUCACCCACACCACCCAGAUGAGGAGCACGGAGGCAGGGCGCACAGUGGCCGUGACAGCCCUCUGCUGGUAUCCAACCACUCAGAUAAGAUGGAGACCAAUGACCACUCGGGGCCCCUGACCCCCCACUCGCUCCCCCGCCUCAACCAGCCGCUGGCGCCCCACCUCCCCCACCUGCAUCGCUCAGGCCCCCAGAACCAGGAGCCUUACCCCUGCCCCCCCAGCCCCGACACCCCGGGUGACAACAGCGAUCGCAGCAGGGACAGGGGGAGCAUCUACCGCUGGGUGAAGAACGAGCCGCUGUCCUACAACCCAGAGGACGAGGAAGAAGAAGAGGAAGAUGAUGAGGGGGAAGGGAUGGAGAGAGACAAGGAGUCCCACCACCAGCACUUGAACGACCACAAGAGCAACGAGGCUGGGUACAGAGGGGGGGAGUGUGACGGGGAGGACGAGAAGAGCGGCUCGGGAAGUGAGGAGACAGGCAGUAGUGAAGGCCGGCCGUCGCCCCCCGGAGGCCUGGGAAGAUACCACAUGCCGUUCGAGCCGGAGAGCUUCGGGGACAACCUCUACGUGUGCAUUCCCUGUGACAAGGGCUUCCCCAGCUCCGAGCAGCUCAACGCCCACGUGGAGACGCACACAGAGGAGGACCUCUACAGCAACUCCGAGCUGGGCAACGGUAAUGGGAAUGGCAAGGGCAACACCACUAGCAGCACCACCAAUGGGCCUUCCAGCCUGAACAACUGCCUGUCAUACCUGGAGAGCAAAUCCGGCCAGACCCUGCCGGCGGUGGGCAUGGGCGAGAUGAUCCGGCCCUACCGCUGCUCCUCCUGCGAGAAGUCCUACAAGGACCCGGCCACGCUGCGCCAGCAUGAGAAGACCCACUGGUUGACACGUCCCUACCCGUGCAGCAUCUGCGGCAAGAAGUUCACGCAGCGCGGCACCAUGACGCGCCACAUGCGCAGCCACCUGGGCCUCAAGCCGUUCGCCUGCGACGCGUGCGGCAUGCGCUUCACCCGCCAGUACCGCCUCACCGAGCACAUGCGCAUCCACUCGGGCGAGAAACCCUACGAGUGCCAGGUGUGUGGCGGCAAGUUUGCCCAGCAGCGCAACCUGAUCAGCCACAUGAAGAUGCACAGCUCUGGGGGCGCUGGCACCGGGCUGACCGCCGACGGCAAGCUCAAGAUGGACUUUGCAGAGGGCAUCUACCCGCUGACCAAGUACACAGCCGAGCACCUGGGGCUGAAGCAGGAGAAGGCCUCGGAACUGCUGGCACAGGCCUCACAGCACCUGCUGGACGUCAAGACCAUAGAGAGCCUGUACCCACACCUGGGGCUCACACAGGACAAGUUGGAUCUCAUUAACCAGUCCCUGGCCCAGCCACCCCCGCCGCCUAUCCCCGGGGAGUCUCGCACCAUCGAUCGCUACUCACCCAGCUAAAGAGGAAGCUGACGAGGGAAAAGAAUGAAAGAAAAAAAGAAAAAAGCCUGCCAAGCUACAAGUCUCAGACGAGUCUACAUUGGCAUCGUUGGGGACGCCUUUCUGAAAUACCGCCUACAGUAUUUUUCAACUCCACUCACCUCAACUUCUUCUGAACCCUGCACCUCAGACAUAGGAGGCCAAAGAACGCGUUGGCACCACCCAAAAAAACUAAAACUUGACUCCAAUAAGUGCCUUUCCUUGCAGAUUUUGCAUCACAUGCAGUUGAAAAAAUUAAACUUCCUGAAAGGAGAACUGUUAUUUAUAUACUGGUUUUAACCAUGGACACACACAUAACAGUGCAGUAUUUAUAUGACAACAACUCUUUUUUAGCUAAGCCAUCGAGCCAGAAAACAAAAUUCAAAACCAAAAAAGAUUGUUUUUAUUUAUUUUUUUUCUUUUGUAUGUAAAGGAAAGCCAAAGAGAAAAUUGUUCAAAUGUUACAAUUAGUGUUGCAACCAUACCCUAAACCUGUGUACUUAGAGUUGUUAGUGUAUAUGUAAAAUGAGGAAAAAAGCACAUAUGAACAAGAAUCAGGGCUUCUGUCCAGGACUGAGAGGAAAUUUGGACAAAAGAAAAAGCCAAACCUUUGGGAUUUUACAGAAAUCAAAAGACUGUAUUUUUUUUUUUAAAGACUUGACGGAGUACUGGAUUUUCUCCUGUACCUCACUUUCCAUCUUUUGCCAGCUCUUCCAGUCAAAAGGGAGCAACAAACCGAAGAGAGUGUUUGUUCCAGCGUUUAGGUAAUGUGAUCUAAGCUUUGUUUUCUGCAUUUGUUGCCCAGCCCUUCCAGCCGUUAUGUGUAACAGCCCACAACAAUAAUAGUGCAAUUAUUUUACAAGCGGUGCCAUAGCCUUUUGAACCCUUCAACUUUUUACAUCUUAUUGUUUAAUUGCACUCCUGACAGAGAACCAAGUGCCUUUAAACUGUUUUUGAAAGAGUAGCUAGUACAACCCUGUGAUCUCACAACUGGGAAAUCAUAGUGCAUACCCUGAUCAUGACAUAGUAAUCCCCGUUCAUGAAUUUUAAUCCAUCUGCAGGGUUAGAGUAAGCAUGGGCGUUGCCACAGGGGGGGGGGGUUGGGUAAUAUUUACAACGGGAGGCCACAGCCUUGCGAUAGGCCUCAAGAGAGAGCCACUUAAUCCAUCUGUAAACCAUGUCUGCACUGAUCAAUGACUGUCCAGGGUGACGAGAUAAAAAAGCGAUCCUGUUCAAAAUCCGUCACACUAUCUCGCGACGUACUGACAAACAUGCUAAACAAGCGUUUUCAAACAUUGGUCCAGGGGCAGCCUUUUAGUGGGCCAUGUGAUUGGCUGUGGAGGGUCCUCCCUGUGCUCCCUGGAGCAUCUCCACGUGACCCCCCCUGUCUCAGCCAGUUGUCUCGCUGACAUUGUCUGGUUGAUGGGAUGGUCUAGGGUCAAAACCAGCCCUCCUCAGCACGCUCUAUAAGCUGAUAAUGUGACAGUCAUCUGAACUGAGCUUAUACGGAGUGCUCCCUCUGACGCUUGUGUGUGUGUGUGUGCGCGCAUCUGUGUGUGUGUGUGUGUGUGUGUCUGUACGCGUGCAUGCAGGCGUGGGGUUGAACAGCAUCGCCCAGCUGCUCCACCAAUUGUAAUCCCUGUGAAAUCAACAAUUCUCCCUGACAAUUUAGGACUGUCCGACCGGCGUGCUCCAGGAUUUCAUGCCUGUUCUUUGCUCUCUGUGAUCUAAUCCACUGUCCAGCCAUCCAGAUUUCCCCACUCCCUGAUACUCGUCCAUCUGUCAAGUGCAAUAGUGGGGGCUGUCAUAUGAGAACAGAGUAGCAGUGACCCACACACACAGGCUGCAUCAGCAACGCUCUUCCUCAAGCACCAGUAGGGUAUGUAGUUGCAGGCAUGUCUUGUUCAAGUUAGCGGGAUCAAAACAGACUGUGCGUCCCCAUAUUUUUUAAAGACAUUUAUUGUAAUCUUAUUUCAUGCUCAGCCCUAUUAAAUUGAAACCACUUUUUUUCGGGGGGUUUGGAGACUAUGGCACACAAAAGCGUAUCCCAAAGAGAAUGCUGGCAAUUUUGUUUUCUUUUUUUUUAUUGUGAUUGAAAUAUCGAGUGAGAAGGGAGUUUGUUGACCACUAGUGACAAUUGCAACCUCAGUAGGUGAAUGUGAAGACCAAAGCCAUGAAUGCACUGUGAUUUAAAAAAAAAUGUUAAUGCAUCUGAGUGCAAGCCUUACUCAGUAAAGACUGAGACCUGGUAACCAAAAUGUGGGAAGGGCACCACAAUAUAACGCCUUAGUAGAAUUCCGAGGGCUUUGAUCUGUAGCAUGUAAACAUAUCUUGGUGUUUUUUUUCUGUUACAUUUGACUUUCACCAAAGCGAAGGGUAACUGGUGCGUACCUCAGGACGGAUCCCUGUACGACAUGGGGACGUGAUGCUUAAGCAACACAGCAAGUUACUACACACAUACACACACAGUAGGCAUACACAAACACACUGCCUCUUUGGAGGGGACGCUUGUCCUUUGUAAACCUGUGGUUAUUUCAUGGUAAUGAAAAUGUUAAUAUGUGAUAUUAACGUGUUAACAUGAAUAUGCAAUUUUUCUGUCUUUUAAAAAAAAAAAAAAAACUUUCCUGAGGAGGUGUUAUUUUGGACUUAAUGUUGACGUUGUACAUUUGUUGCCAAUUAUUCAUCUCAAUUUACCAUAAACAAAGGACAGAUACCUUUUCACGAAUGCACUUAAUGUCCACACACGCUUCUGCACCUGUAGGUACAUUGCAAUGUAGGCUAGGCCGCUGGAGCCACACACUCACACACACACCUCACCGCACCGUUGCUGCACACUGACAUUUCUAGCUGUGAUUAUUCAAGUGCGUGCCAUUUCAAGUGUUUCUCUCCUGAAAUGGUAAAUACUGUAGAAAAGUAGCAGAGCCUCUGGUUAAAAACAUUCUGUUGACAAUUUUCAGGAGGGGCUCCGGCACUAAAGAUGACCUCUGCAAACAAAUGAGAGAGAUUAAGUUUAGAAGAGGUUGCAUACACACACACAAAAACAUAUGAGCUCACUCACACACAAACACACACACACACAAACUAUUAUGCAGCCAGGGCAUGUUAGGGAUAAGAAUUGUGGCUGUGUAUUUCCCGACACUCUAAAUCACACAGCUGGACCCUUGAGAUCUCACCCACAGUUAAUUUCACACCGCACAUAAGAGCUGUCUGGGCACUGUGGUUUUGUUUUUAUCAAAAAGAAACCAGAGCUUAUAUAUAGAGCUUGAGUUGAGUAGGGCACAGACACAAUAUUACGACUAUCAAAACAUGAAAUGAGCUGUGACCACAGGCAUAUUAAAACACACCAAGAGCUAGUCAUAGAAACAAAAAGAAAAAAGGAGGGGAAAAAACACUGACUUCAAUGGUGGGAAUAUAAAUCUCCCCAACUCCAUUUAUCAUUCAUGAAGCAGCCCUCAUUGGAAGUCUAUCUUUCCCUUUUCCUUCUCAGUGUCAGACUAAACCAGAAAGGAGACCCCGAAAAUCUCUCUGCCGCAGCUCCAAAUCUGUGGAGGAAAGGGGGAGUGAUAUCCAUUUCUGAUGGUUUCAGCCUGGGACAGUCUCUGGAAUGGUCCUGUGUGUGUGUGUGUGUGUGUGUCGUGAAGAAGGGUGAACAUUUAAUUUGUUUGUGUACACGAGCUGUUUCAGUAUGGUGCGCCUGAGAGUCAUCAGUUAAUGCAAGCUUUGGGAAUAGUGUCUGCGAAGGAGGAAGGCUGUGUGAUGUUUUGGGGGUGGGGGACGGGGGGAGUGAACUCUUGGCUCAGUAGCGGCAGCAAGCAGGAUGUGUGGUGUAUUUCUGCUCGAAACUAGAUAGGGAGAUGCAGAUAGCUAAAGUGGGAGUUAAACAGAGACAAAGAGAGAGAGAGAGAGAGGGAGAGGGAGAGGGAGAGAGAAGAGUGACAGUGAGAGGAGAGGAGAGAAGAGAGACUAGAAAGAGUUCAGCGGGUGGACCUUGGCUAUGGAGGACUGGUCCAACUUCUAGUCCAGUCCUCUCCAUUCAGACUAAAAGAGAGAGAGAGAACACAGAGCCAUUCUUUUCUUUUCAACCUUGCUCAUGCUUCUCUCUCUUCCUCAUUCUGACCCAGGCAACAAGGGGUGACUGACAUUUCACGGUGAGCCAUUAACCCCCCCCCCCCCCCCCCUCCUUGCCUUUCUGGUCAUCCUGGGUCAUGGCAAGGGAAGCAAAAUGACGGCAAUAGAGAGAAGGGCUUAUUCACUGCUAAAUUGCAGUAAGCAUAGUGUGGGGAGGUGUGCUUAUUCAGUCCUGCUGGGUUAUGUAGAGAUUUCCCCUGACUUCCAAAGAAACCACAAAUGGGAGCAGAGAGAGAGUGAGAGAGAGAGAGAAAGAGAGAAAGAGAGAGAUGAGAAGGAAAAGAUGAGAGGCAAUGGUCUCCUGAGGUGUUUAGAGUAUGCCAACUUAUUUGUUGUUUCAACAUACAAUGCAGAAAAAGAUUCCAAAAGGCUUGGUCAACAGACGAAGAUUGACACAGACCUUGGCAUUUAGAAUGAACUAUGACAAAUAGAGGACAGCUAUGCAGGAGGAAAGAUGUAUCAGCACGCCUACUGCUGUGGGAGUUUGAAGUAUUUUUGUUUUCAUAAACAGACAUUUAAGGUCGUAAUUUUAAUUUUAAUAUUUGGUGACAUAGUUAUUUUGAUAGUAUAUCACAGGUCAUAGCCAUGGGCAGUGGAUAUGUUUGAAAAGAUAUACUGAUACAGUGUGUGUCGCAACGACAUUCUCGGGACCCUUAACUGUUUAUUAAGCAUGUGGAUGUUCAGAUCUCAUCUCAAGCUUUUCAAAUAACUUUCUGAGAAACGCCUUAUCAUUAGCAUCCUGCCACGCUCCAUCACUCCAGGCUACACUGAUAAGAGCAAUCGAGCUGCUAAAGCUCGCCGCUUACUGGCCCAGGCACUUUGCUAGAUGCUUGAAUUGAUGAGAUAGUGGUAGAUAACAGGGGCUCCGACUAAAGCAGAGAGAUGUGAGCUCUAGCUCGCUGUUUGCAGCGGAGUUGGGUGUGUCUGAAUGCACCUGACCGGCUCUGUUUCUUUGUCUUUCCCAGCUGCAGUUAGCCCAGGAAAGAGGGGGUGAGAGUGGGAGUGGAGGGGGGGGAGUUGACACUUUCAAGGGUCCUUAUCACACCCAGCUGUUUCGCAUUUAGUCAUAAAGAGCGCGCCGUUCUGGAGAAAUCAUUGAAUCAUGAUUUUAUUCACUUCAUGACUACUCAACUCCCUGGAACAGGAUCCUUCGUUUUCAUCGCUCCCUCUUCUUCAUCCUGCUCACUCGCCUCCCCUCCUUCUCCCCUCUCUUGCUCUUCCCCUCCCUCUCUCUCUUCACUGGGUUUCCUCACAGAACUGUUCUCAAUCACCCCCCUUCGGCUGAUCCUCAACACCGACCACUCGCUCACAGCCCCAGCUCAAGACGAGGGCCCCAGCUGUUUUCAUGCGGCAGAAGACAGUUGUCUAAAUGUUUAUGCGAAUAACUGCUCUCUUUUCUUUGCGUGUCCGUCCACAUCCACCGUCGCAAACUUUUCUGCGUGUUCUAAUGCAGCAGGACACUAAGACGGGUCAAAUAAACACCAGGCAAAGCUAUUGUAUCUGUAUGCGAUAAAGAAAAACACAUCUUAAGAUAAAACUAACGUCACUUCCAAAGUUUCUGUGAGGAAGAUGCGAGGAGACAAAUUGAAGACGCAUUAGGUGAUCAUGCUAGUAAAGUGAAAGAGUAAAUUGCACUAACCAGUUCUGUCUCAUUCUGUUAAAUGAGGAUAGAGGGGAGCUAGCCCAGUGUAAUAACUUGCUAUUCUGCGCUUGGCAUCAUUUCAGGAAACAGCUCUGUCAUUCACAGCUUGUCAGUCGGCACAAUAGCAUAUCACUUUGACCCAGCUCUCUCUCAGCAGAGGAGCCAUUUCUGUUUGGAACCGGAGCCCCCUGUUAGAGCGUUCCCUGAGUGGCAUUAAGUUAUGGCCUCGUAGCGGCUCAAAUUUUCAUUUACAUUUCAGAGCCUGUGUCCUAAGCGUCCGUAUCGUUUUACCAGGCCCGCAAAUUAUCACCCCAUCUCGCCAUGACAGGAACAAGCCCUCUUUGUGCUUCGCUAGAUGGGGAGUCGUGGCUGCCGAUGUCUUCUUCCGAGUGUUUAGCUUGGAGCGUCCGCGCCUCUGUCCCGGCUCCAGCGUUGAAACAGGCAAACCAAAGCGCUGAUUAACCUACAAGAUAGCAUAUAUGCGUCUGUAAAGAAGUGGAUGGAUGACAUACGCCUGUCUGCGAGGACUUUGUUUUGACUCGGCUACAGUUGUUUUUCUUCUCUCUUUUUUUUUGCGUCGUUAUUGCUAAGUUUAUGGUACUGCCCAUCAGCUUUGAAUUCAGUACAGUGUAGCCUAUAGCCAAAUACCAAAACAAUGUGUAAAGAAGUAAAGGUGGCCACUACCACCACAACGUCUAACAAAAUUUCAGAGUCGCUAGUCUGAGUACCUGAUCCAAUCUGUCACUGAUAGUCACACAUGGAUGCACACACACACAGGCACCGCAUCCGUGCGUACACCCACCCAUCCACACACGCCCGGGCGCGCGCACACACACACACACACACACACACUCACAGCUGGACAGCAGACUACGUCGUCGCUGCACCCUGUUUCAGAUUAGGUCAGAUUUAAUUACCCUAUUCAACCCCUUUUGGAGUGUCGGUUCUGCUUUAAAAAGUCAUUACUAAAGUAGAAGCAGCGGUACUGACGGACUGGUCCUAACAUUCACACCGAGAGGCCCUCCAGAAUGUCAUUGAACUGUGCUGGGGCACACACAGACACACACACACACACACACACACACACACACACACACACACACACACAUGCACUCAGUAUUUAGAAAGGAACCAAAUCACUCAGCAACGUUAACAGGGGAAAUUCACAAAAAAUAUCACGCAGUACUGCCACAUUUCUUUUAGGAUUAUAUUUUUUUCCACCUUUCUUUUCUUAGUUUUGAUGAAUUCAUUUCCUGCAUAACACACAGCCACAAAAGUGCAUUCUUGUGAGACUUAAGUGACUUAAACACAAAAAUGGCAAUAACAAAAAAUGAACUUGUAUUUUUCUACAUUACAACCGUCAAUAUUGUUUUUUAAAUUGCUUUUAGUGAAAUGAAUGUAUUUAUUGCAUGUCAAGUUGUUUUAUAAGAUUUUUGUAUAAAUUUCAACUGUGGAUUCUUAAAAUUAUUUCCUUUAAUUCCACUGUCUUUAUGAGUGAUGUGGAUCGGGCUUUUAUUUGUUUUAAAAGCCAUUGUGAAAAAUGUCAUGUUUUUGUCUAUAUCUACAUUCUAAAUCAACUUGGCAAUAAAACAAAUUGCAUAAUGGUUUCACAAA